UGGAAUAAUCAGAAAAGAAAACCCAAUAAUCUUUCAUUCUUUACCCUUUUUUUUUUUUGAAACUCCCACUUUCUUUGUCCUGUCCCACCCUUACCCUCACUAUAAAUAACGACCCUGAGAGAGAUGCAUAGUGUGGGAUUCAGUGUAAUGAGAUAGUAAGAGCCUCAGUUGACAGUAACAUACUUUCUUUUGAGAGAGAGAUUGAGAGAAAAAGAGAGGGAAUCGCAAUAUAUAAAAUCUAAUACAAAUAGAGAUGGCUCUUCACCUGUCUUGGGCUUUCGUUUUUGGCAUCCUCGGCAACGUUGUUUCGUUUAUGGUUUCCCUUGCUCCCUUGCCAACAUUUUACCAGAUAUACAAGAAGAAAACAUCGGAAGGGUUCCAAUCAAUUCCCUACGUGGUUUCACUCUUCAGUGCGAUGCUUUGGAUUUACUAUGCACUGCUUAAGAAGGAUGCUAUGCUUCUCAUAACCAUCAACACUUUCUGCGUUUUCAUUCAGACGUUUUACCUUGUUGCUUACUUUUACUAUGGUCCAAAGAAGGAAAAGAUUAUGACUGUGAAGCUUAACCUCCUGUUCAAUGUUUUCGGGUUCGGAGUAAUUUUUCUCUCAACUUUCUUCAUACAAAAUCCAUUAACCCGUCUUCAUAUUCUUGGAUACAUUUGCAUGGCUUUCGCUUUGUGUGUGUUCGUUGCUCCUCUUGCCAUUGUGAGAAAAGUCAUAAAAACCAAGAGUGUCGAGUACAUGCCAUUUACUUUGUCAGUGUUUCUCACAUUAGGAGCAGUGAUGUGGUUUUUCUAUGGCCUUUUGUUAAAAGAUAUGAACAUUGCUGUUCCAAACGUACUUGGCUUUAUCUUUGGAGUUCUUCAAAUGAUUCUUUAUGCAAUCUACAAAAACCAUCCCAAGAAAAUUGUGGAAGAUCCAAAGCUUCAUUUCUCAGAUCAGCACAUAGUUGAUGUUGUAAAACUAGGCUCGAUGGUUUGCUCAGAUGUAAACGCUGUAGCUCCUCAACCAAUUGGCACAAACAACAACAACGGAGUUGUCGAAGCACAAAAUAUUAAGCGAAACACCAUGGAAAUAGAUGCUUCCAACAGAGUUUAGAAGUACAUGAAAAAACUUAAAAUUAUUCAAGUGGCCGAUCAAAGUGCCAUAAAAAAAGAGUUCCAAUGAGUUUGUCUUAGCUACGUGUAGUUUAGUUUGCAUGGCAAAUCCGGUUGAAAAAGCCAUGCAUGCAAAAUAAAAUUUCCAUAACUUUAUCUCUUCUGACAUUCGAAGUAUUUCAAUUUCUCUAUCUCUCAGUCAACACUGUGGAAUCUUUUUCUCUCCAUCUCUCUCCCUUUCAAAUCUUAAUUAAUUAUAUGUAAUCUGUAAUUCAUUUUCAAUUAAUGUUUUUAUUAUUAAUG